AUGGCCCGGGAUUCGUUGCCGGAGUCGGUGCGGAAGAGAUGUCGGCGCUUGCAUCGAAAGGUUCCCCUGAAACGUCGCCUGGUCUUCGCAGGCACUCCAGAGCUCGCGUGCAGAGCUUUGCUCCUUCGCAACCUGUAUGAUAAAUAUUAUCGGAAAGCCACAACGACCUCUCAAGGCUGGCGCAAAGACUCGCGUAAACGCAGUUAUGAAGACAUGCUGUCCAGCUUAGGCGCCCAAGAGGUCCUGGCACAGGCUUGCAAGGUGACCUGCCGCGAGGUGAACCGCCCGCAAAGUGCACGGUACCGGCACGAAUACGCAACUUCCCUGAGCGAGAUCUUGAAGACCGACAUCAACUGCGAAGCCACAGAUCGCACUAGUCUGCUCCAGGACGCAAUCAUAUCUGCCCUGCCGUCCCGGGAUGGCCAACGCCGGGAGGCAGCAGUGCUGUUGGGGCGGCUCUCCUCGAGGCCUUUUACGGAGAUGUUGACGGACGAGCUGGGGAGGAAGAAGUGCCAGAACAUUCUGGUGCUCCGAGCUGCAGUUGCACGCGUGUUAGACCGUGUUGAGCACCCGGCCGACCUGCUGACUGAGAGGUUCGGGAGGGCGGAGGCGCGGAAGGUGCGCAAAAUGUCGGUUUCGAAAGCUCGGCGGUGGUUUGAGGCGUUGGUCAGCUUCUGCCGUGUUGUUUCUGUGGACAUGGCACACCACCCAACUUCUCGCGCACGGGUCCAUCUGUUGGCAGCGUCGUUUGGCAUUCUUCGAGGGAAGAACUGCCAAGCUCUAAUGGCUCGCCACGCCAUGAUCAACACCGAUUUGGUGCUUGUGGGUCCUGGGGCCCUGCGUGGCGCUUUCCAAACUUUGGCCACCCUGCAGCCGCACUGCAUGAAACCGCGUGUCACCGCGCAGUACUUGGACCAAGCCCAUGAGCUCCUGGUACUGUGCCGCAAGGUCUUCCGCAAAAUCACCCAGAGGGAGCUCCAGCCCAUGGGCCUGCCAAGGUGCACGACCGACUGA